AUGGCGGAACGCAUCCUCAUGAACGAAUUCAAAGCCCUCCUCAAAGAGAAGUGGGUUCACGUCCAGUUGCACGAUGACGACAUUUUCAACUGGGACGUCGCCCUGAUCGUGAUUAACCCGGACUCCAUGUACUACGGCGGCUACUUCAAAGCCUCCAUGACGUUCCCGCCCAACUACCCCUAUUCCCCGCCCAAGUUCCGCUUCUUGAAGCCUCUCCACCACCCGAACAUCUACACCAACGGCAAACUAUGCAUCUCGAUCCUUCACGCGCCCGGCGAAGAUGAGAUGUCCGGCGAGCUUGCCUCGGAGCGCUGGUCCCCUGCCCAACGCGUCGAGUCGGUUCUGAUCUCCAUAAUCUCUCUCCUCGACGAUGCCGAGCCUUCCUCCCCUGCGAAUGUCGACGCUGCCGUUUUGCUUCGCAAGGAACCAGAAAUCUACCGGCAGCUUGUGAAGGCCGAUAUGCCCACCCACGAUACUCCCGUCCGCGAGCCCGUCGAGAAGGAAGACCCUGACUUCUGGGCUGAUAGCGAUGCCGACAGCGAUGUGUUCGGUGGUAGUGACUCUGAUGAUGAUCUCGAUAUGGACCAGUCCAGCGGCAGUGAUAUGGAGGAGGUGGAUGAGUCGGCCGACGAUGGUUCUGCGGAGACGAAGGAGUAA